AUGGUUGCCAUUCGCUUCCUGACCGGCUGCCUCGCACUCGCACUCGCAUUCGCAGUUCACGGCACCCGCGCCUGUGCACUUGAAUCCCGUCAAGACAGCCCUGACUUCUUGACCGUCGGUGAUGAUGGUCCCGCGGACGCAGAAACCCUUGGGUUCAAUAUCAACCACCUUUCCCUCAUCGUACGCAACCUCACGGCCAGCCAAGAUUUCUACAGCAAGGUUCUCGGCAUGCGCCACAUCUUCACCGCAGAGCUGACUCCCUCUUACUAUGUCGCCUACAUGGGCCAUGCACACGGCGGAAAGAAUGGCACCGGCUAUCAAACGGGCCAGGAAUUGCUGAGAGAGAAGAACAACGCCGCGGGACUCAUUGAGUUCCAGUACUUCAAGAACUCCGAGGACGAAGGCAUGACAGCUACUACGCAGCGACCCAAUACCUUUAGUCACAUUGGACUGGUCGUGCCCAGCCUCGAGAAAGCUCAAGCGCGGAUGGAAAAGUUGGGCGUCAAGAUCAUCAAGCGCAUCGGUCAGAGCGCCGAGGGUAUCAAGCCGGUCGAGAAUGCCCUCGGGGUUGGCGAGUUUGCAACCAAGAAUCAGACCGAGCGCGAUCUGCUCGUGAAGGGCCAGGAACUGGUUGGAUUUGCUCAGUUGUUGGUUGUAGAAGACCCUGAUGGAAACAUGAUUGAGAUUCAGCAGCUGGUGCCGCCGCCAGGUGUUGCGUGA